GAGUCGUCGACGAAGAAGAGGCCAUCAGCCAGGUCGCCAGCGCAGGAAAAGGUUUAUUCAGAGUCUCCAUCUCUCUCAGGCUAUACGCCUAGGGCUGGACCAGUUAGGCGCUGGCUAGCUAGCUAGCAAGUGCUAUAGCUCUCAUAGUUCAUAAGGAGGUGUAGUCUGAAGGCCAAGAGAGCCAGCAAGGAGAACUCGAUCGAUCAGACACCGAGAAAAAGAAGGGUGAAGAAGCGCACCAAGAUCGCUGAUCGAUGGAAGACGGCAGGGCUGCGAGAAGGAUGUCAUCUGCCCCAACUACCCGGAGAAGCAGAUCUGCCGAUUUCCACAAUUUUUCAGAAAGGAGGCGAAGGGAUAGGAUCAACGAGAAGCUGAAGGCACUGCAAGAGCUACUUCCAAAUUGCACCAAGACGGACAAGGUGUCGAUGCUCGACGAAGCCAUCGACUAUCUGAAAUCACUCCAGCUGCAAUUGCAGAUGCUGGUGAUGGGGAAGGGGAUGGCGCCCGUGGUGCCGCCGGAGCUGCAGCAGUACAUGCACUACAUCACGGCGGACCCUGCGCAGAUGCAUAUGCCUCCGUUGCGCCCGACGUCUGAGCCGCCGCGGCCGUUCCAGAUCACCCACGCCGGCGGCGGCGGUGGACGCCCGGAGCGGCAGUCCAACGUGGAGUCGGAUUUCCUCAGCCAGAUGCAGAAUCUGAACCCUUCCGAGCCGCCCCACAACUUCCUCAGGCCCCCCAAGCUGCAACUCUACACCCCGGAACAGAGGGGGACAGGGCUAGGCAGCAGCAGUGGCCACAACGGCGGCUGGAAUAUCCCGGAGAGGAAUUCCUCGUACAACUUCAUGGAGUGAUGAGCUCAUCGAGCUGCUCUCCUCCUGUUGAAUUGCAUGCAUGCUAGGAUGAGAUGACAAGCUAGCAUGCAGCCUUGUCUGGAAGAUUGCAUGCUUCCAGACUUUCAGUCCGUGAUUGAUGUGUUUCACCUCGAUCAAACUCCCAGAGAUGGUAGCGCUCUUGAAUUGCAUGCAUGCUAGUUGUGUUUCGUCAAUAAAAACAUCCUGUGACCGAUUUUGCUCUGCAAAUGUUACAUUCUCAUGCCCGUGUCCGUGCACGUACAUAGCAGUCCAUUAA